CCCUCGCCUCGCCUCCCCUCGCCUCGGCCGCCGUCCCCGCCGCUGGCCGCCGGCGCGGAGCGGAGCGGAGCGGCGCAGCGCGGCCGGAGGGGCGUGGAGAGGCGGCCCCGCGCGGCGGCUCCGCGCGGGCCGGGCCGGGCCGGGCCGGGCCGGACCCCGCGGCUGCCGGGAGCCCCCGCAGCGCUGCCCGCCGCCGCCCGGAGCCGCGGCGCGGGGUCCCGCGGGGGGUCCCGCCGCGGCGCCCCGGCUCCGCCAGACACCAAGACGACCUGUGAAGAAGCCCUAUGAAGGUGACCAGCCAUGCAAUGUUCUUGGAAGGCUGUCCUCCUACUAGCCUUGGCAUCCAUUGCAAUCCAGUACACGGCAAUCCGGACAUUCACUGCCAAGUCCUUUCACAGCUGCCCCAUCUCCAACCCCGUGAACUGCAGCCUGAGCCAGGACGCUGAUGCAACCGACAGGCUAUGUGAUGAGAGCCCCACUUUUGCAUAUAACAUCUCCAGGAAGACACACGUCCUCAUCCUCGCCACCACCCGCAGCGGUUCCUCAUUUGUCGGACAGCUCUUCAACCAGCACUUCAAUGUCUUCUAUUUAUUCGAGCCCCUCUACCAUGUCCAGUACACACUGAUCCCAAAGCUGACCCAGAGCAAGAGUACUACAGACAGGCGGGUCAUGCUGGGGGCCAGCCGAGACUUGCUGAGGAGCCUGUACGACUGCGACCUCUACUUCCUGGAGAACUACAUCAAACCCCAGCCCAUCAACCACACGACCGACCGGCUCUUCCGCAGAGGAGCCAGCAAGGCGCUGUGCUCGCCACCCGUCUGUGAGUCCCUGGGAGCUGUCGAUCUCCACCUGGAGGAAGGAGACUGUGUGAAGAAAUGUGGUACCUUGAACCUGACACUGGCCACCGAGUCCUGCAGAGAGCAUGGGCACGUGGCCAUCAAAACCGUGCGGGUGCCUGAGGUCAGCGACCUCCGGGCCCUGGUGGAGGACCCACGGCUGAACUUGAAGGUCAUCCAGCUGGUGAGGGACCCCCGGGGGAUCCUGGCGUCCCGGAGCGAGACUUUCCGGGACACCUACAGGCUCUGGAGGAUCUGGGAUGGCACUGGCAGGAAGCCGUACAACCUGGAUGUGACCCAGCUCACCACAGUGUGCGAGGACUUCUGGAACUCCGUUUCUACUGGCCUGAACCGGCCACCGUGGCUCAAAGGCAAAUACAUGCUGGUGAGGUAUGAAGACCUGGCCAGGAACCCCAUGAAAAAGACUGAGGAGAUUUAUGAUUUCCUGGGCAUCCCCAUGGACAGCAAUGUCGAGCGCUGGAUACAGAACAACACCCGAGGAGACAGGUCCUCAUCCAAACACAAGUACGGGACAGUGAGAAACUCGGCAGCAACGGCAGAGAAGUGGCGUUUCCGGCUGUCCUACGAGAUUGUGGCAUUCACCCAGCGCGCCUGCCAGCAGGUGCUGGCGCAGCUCGGCUACAAAACAGCCAGCUCUGAGGAGGAGCUGAAAAACCUUUCCAUCAGCCUGGUGGAAGAGAGAGACUUCCUGCCCUUCUCGUAAUGCAGCCCUGGGCUAGCAGGCCCUAUUUUUGAUACAGACUGUUUCUAACUGUUGCCUUAUUUUGUUUUCUUUUGAUUUGUUCCCCCCCCCUUUGUCUUUUUCUCUCCAAAAUUUGCACUAAAUCAUGAGCGGGAAUCUCUGAACAGAGUCCAGGGGAAGUGGUUGCCACCUCUCACAACACGUUUCGGACGCAAGAGGAACCGGGUCUCUCCAAACAAGAGCUAGAACUGUGGAUGGGUAACAAUGUUUACAAGACACACACAAAAUGUAAAAGACAGCCGUCAAGCUUUCCAAACCGAAAGGGUACCUGGGGUACUGUACUUUUGCACUGUUUACUUUUACAAUGUAAGAGGUAAAUAUAAAUAUAAUUUAUGAAUGAUGUUGUCCCCUCCAGAAUAACUGCCCUUGUCCCCCGAUGAGCAAGUUAUACUGGUAGCUGAAUGUGGAACAACCUCCUUGUUUUCAAUCUCAGUUCAAUACGUCUGCUUGUUUGAGUCAUGCUGUUGGGCUGGGCAGUUGGUCAGUUGCUGAUACCUGGUUAUUUGGUAACACCUGUGAUAUUUCUUUGUGCCAAAAAAAAAAAAAAAAAAAAAAACCCACAAAAGGAAGAAAAAAAGUGAUUGGGCAGUUUGGUAAAAACCCAACACAUUUAAUGCUUUAUUUCUGUGUUUUCUGUAAAUAAAAGUGUGCAAUAAAACUGACCUGGGGGGGGUGAAAUUCAACUGAAACACCUCAGUAAUUACAGCUGGGGUGGGUGCACCAACAGGCAAAAAUUGGUCUUUCCAGAUAUACCUGUCUCCUACAGUGUGCAGGAGCAGGACAGGGCAAAGCUGGUGGGGAGAGCUAGCACAACCCCUUUGGCAUGUGCAUGUUUGAAUCUGAAGUGUGUAAAAAUGCAAGUAGUUAAGCCAAAAGUGAGAACCUGUGGUUAUUUACAGAGCUGAGAGCUUGCUGGCUUGUGUGGUGGCAGGGGGCUCACUGAAAUGCUUGGCAGUGGAGUGCUACACCAUAAGCACCACGAGCCCAGCCCCAUGAGCCCACCAUGGUCAUUGCUUCUGCUAGCCUUAAGUCUGAUACUGUUGACCCAAGCAUGGCUCUGCCCUGGGACACCAGGGAAGAGUGCUCAAGAUCAGGUCAUAAAACUGCCAGAAUAAAAACAACAAAAAAGAUA